AUGCAGCUUUUGAAUGAGAUCAUGUUCUGCAUCGUGCUGGCGCCCGCCUUCCACCUGCUGCGCGCCUCCCUCACGGCGGGCAGCGUGGCCAGGCGGGAGUACCCGGAGCUGCGGCUGCACCCGGUCGCAGGCGCCCCGCUGCCGUGGCACGAGGCGGCGCAGCACAGCCAGGGGGCUCUGGGCACGCGCGCCGACUUCAUCGACGCGGAGCUGGGGCGCAUCGCGCGCUACACGGCCAAGGGCGACAUCCUGCCCUGGCGCGAGCUCGAGACCUUCUUCGCAGCCUGCGAGCGGUAG